UAUGACAAACAUAAUCAUCACCUAAUCCAUAUCCAGGCACAAGUACCUGCUAAGUACAUAUAUCUUUUUUAUAAUCUGAAAACUUUUGAACAACCCAAAUGAAACUUGCCUAAAUAGUACAGUAAGUAUGAACAAAAUAACCAUAUAUCAAAAUAAUAUAUUGUGGCAGAAAAGCUAUGAGAACAUAGGUGUGGACAAGCUGAACAACAGCCAGGAUGAGCAACUAUUGAUUGUAUAUUGUGCUAUCUAAUCAUACACACUAAUUCUUUAUUAGUCAUAAGAUCCUCACGGAAUAUUAAUAACCAUUUUUUAUAUUAACCAUAUUAUCAGCCAUUGACUUUGUGAUGGUUGCAGAUUUAUACACACUAUUCCAGCUGGAUGCUUUCAUUUAUAUUGCAUAUCAACUAAGAUUUUCUGUCACAUUCAUCUUCAUCCUGACCAAGCCAUUUUUUUCAGACUGCUAUGAGAGGAUUAAUUUAUAGCGGCGAAGCCAUAAUUUUCUUAUCUUGCAUUAUAUUUUCGACUUUGGUAGCAAAUUCCUCUGCAGGAGAUACCAUAUCUGCAAAGCAAGGUCUCAGAGAUGACAUGAAUUUGACCAUUGUAUCAGCUGGUGGAAUGUUUGAACUGGGAUUUUUCAGUCCAGGUCAUUCUACAAAUCGGUACAUAGGGAUAUGGUACAAAAAUAUAGCGAAUAGGACGGUAGUGUGGGUAGCCAACAGAGGGAUUCCAGUUCGUGAUAAUUCAGGAGUGUUGAGAAUCAAUGUCAAUGGGAGUUUAGUCCUGGUUGAUGGUAGUGAUCUUGUGAUUUGGUCAUCAAAUUCAUCUAGCUCCGCGGUUAAUCCAGUGGCACAGUUACUGGAUUCAGGAAAUCUUGUUGUGAAAUAUGGUAAAGAGGCUGAUCCUGUGAAUUUUUUGUGGCAGAGUUUUGAUCAUCCUACAGAUAGUCUUCUGCCAGGCAUGAAGCUUGGAUGGGAUUUGGUCACAGGACUAAACACGUACCUAACGUCUUGGAAAAGUGCCGAUGACCCUUCUCCAGGUAAUUACACGACAAGGGUUAACCGUAAUGGAAUUCCACAGUUACUUGUAUUAAGAGGUACAAACGUGCAAUUCAGAUUUGGACCAUGGGAUGGUGUACAAUUUAGUGGCUCAUCACUGUCUAUACUUGAUCUAAGUUUUAAUGUAUUUCCUGUUUACAAUCAGAAAGAAAUUACGGUAUCGUUUGAUGUUGUUAAUAGUUCUAUUGCUAUGAGAGUCGUGUUGAAGCUGAGUGGAGAAGCACAAUUUGUUAGAUGGUCUGAUGCUACUCAAAAUUGGGAAGCAUAUAGUACUGCAGAGAGGGAUGCCUGUGAUCGCUAUGCAUUAUGCGGGCCAUAUGGUAGUUGUAAUAUUGCGCAAGCCCAGUUAGGUAAGAGCAUCUGCGGAUGUUUAAAAGGAUAUCAGCCUAAAUACCCAGAAAAAUGGAGAUUAACAGAUUGGUCAGAUGGAUGUGUCCUGAAAACUCCAUUUGGUUGCGGUACUGGGGACAGGUUUGUGAGGUACUCUGGCCUGAAAUUGCCAGACACAAGUCGGACGUGGUUUAAUCCAAACAUGAACCUGGAGGAGUGUGAAAGUACUUGUAUUAAGAAUUGCUCUUGUAAAGCUUACUCUAAUAUAGAUAUCAGAGAAGGUGGGAUUGGAUGCAUGAUGUGGAUUGGCGAUUUGAUUGAUAUCAGAAACUAUAGGGAAAAUGGGCUAGAUCUUUAUGUAAGAAUCAGUGCGUCAGAGGCAGCGGGGAGCUUAGAAGGGAAAAGGCGAGUCAGAAACAUAAGCAUUUCUCUGUUAGUAGUACUAACAGUGCUAGUAGGCCUAUAUGUGAUUCAUGCAUUAAGGAAGAGGAUGCGAAGGAUAAGAGGAAUAGUACUACUCCCUCAAGAACGAAUUGGUACCACAGAAAACGACGAGCCUUAUUUUGAUUUACCUCUCUUUGAUGUCAUGCUAAUUGCCAAGUCUACCAACUUUUUCUCACCAAAGAAUAAGCUUGGUGAAGGCGGAUUUGGCUCUGUAUACAAGGGAACUCUAGACAAUGGACAGGAAGUAGCAGUUAAGAGGCUUUCGAAGGAUUCAAAACAAGGUAUAAAUGAGUUCAAGACUGAAGUUUCAUUUAUAGCCAAACUUCAGCAUCGAAAUCUUGUGAGGCUUCUUGGAUGUUCUAUUGAGGAAGGGGAAAUGCUGUUGAUUUACGAAUACAUGCCAAACAAAAGUUUAGAUUCCCUAAUAUUUGACAAAGAACUAAGCAAGUCCUUGGAUUGGCCAAAACGCUACAACAUCAUAAAUGGCAUAGCCAGAGGAAUUCUGUAUUUACAUCAGGAUUCUGCACUGAGGAUCAUUCACAGAGAUCUAAAAGCCAGCAAUAUCUUGCUCGAUCGUGAGAUGAAUCCAAAAAUAUCUGAUUUUGGGAUGGCUAGAAUUUUGGGAGGAAGUGGAAGGAUUACAAAUACAACAAAAGUGGUUGGGACAUUCGGUUAUAUGUCUCCAGAGUAUGCCCUCGAUGGAAUAUUCUCCCUCAAAUCUGACGUUUACAGCUUUGGUGUAUUAUUAUUAGAAAUAGUAAGCGGCAGAAGGAUGAAAGGAUUUUAUGAUCCAGACCCAAACCUUAACCUUCUUGGCCAUGCAUGGAGGCUGUAUCAAGAGGGAAAUCUGGUGAAUUUGAUUUCAAGUGCGAUUGUGGAGUCAUAUGAUGAGUCAGAAGUGUUGCGAUCAAUACAAAUUGGUUUACUUUGUGUGCAGCCAUAUCCUGAAGAUAGGCCGACAAUGUCAUUUGUGGUUCUGAUGCUGAGUAGUAACAUUGAGCUGCCUAGUCCGAAGCAGCCUGGUUUUUUUAUCGACAGAAAAGCUCAGGAAUCAGAUUCUUCGUCUAGCCAAUACUUUGAUAUUUCUCUAUCCAAGAGAUUGACAAUGCAAAUAGCUCCACUUAGUUGAUCAAGUCGUAGAUUUUCUUGCGGGCAUUUUAUACUGAUACAUAAUGACAGUGCUUGUACAUAUUGCAUUACAGAAGUACUGGGAGGAAGUUAUAGUAACUGUAGCAUAGCAUCUUAUGAUAUCUGCUUUUACUUGUUACAUCCGAAAAAGAGAGCCAAAGCCUUCCAAACUUACCGAGAUUGAUAAGAUGUAGCCUAUUUGAUCUCCAUUGCAGUGAUGCAGAGAAGGAAAUGAACAAUGAAAAACUGUAUAUUGAA